AUGGGUCACGCAGGUGCGCUCUUUAGCCCAGCUGAAAACACGGCUAGGGCAAAAGCGAAGCACUUGGAGGACGCCGGUGCACUGAUUGUCAACCACCCUUCCAAAUUCGGUAGCCAGAUGGCCAAGCUUUUGCAGGCCCAAGGCAUUCGAUCUACUUCAGCUCCUAGAAAUGCCCAGAUACGCCAGACCCAUCAAACGGCGUCCCGUAGUACUGAGAAGUCAAGCCCAAAGCAGAGUUCUGGCAGCUCAGAACCUGUCAACUCCAGACAGCUUUAUCUGCUCCAGUCAAGAUAUCCAAAUCUCCCUACCUACGACAUCGCAUCAAAUUCUGAGAUUUGUAGCAUUGCUAUCACCCUCACGCAUGAUUUGCGCACAUUUACACCAACCAUUCGUGCGUCUCAGAAACCAAGAAACCUCGAUAAUUGGAACUAUCUAGGUCCUGCUACAUUGAAGGAUUCAGGCAAUAGUUACUUCGAGUCCUGUCAAGCAAUAGCAGCUCUUGCCAAAAUUAGCCAAGGCCAAUCCUCCCGCUUCGUUGAAAUCCUUCAAGGCUUGAAGGAAGCCUACUUCGAUCUCAAGCUACGCUCACUCUCGGCGACGAUAUCUUACACAGAGAACAAGGAGCCUUUGAUUGGAUUAUCUGAUGUGAACUUGGAGGUCGACGACGCAGCUUCUCGCGCCGCCAAAGAGUCCGAAAGAGGUAUCCUGUUCGAGAAUGUUGUUCAGGCGAUAGAGGAAGACAAUGCGAAGAAAGGAGAAGCAGACUGCUCACGGGAGACGAAGGCGAAGGCGGACGGAAUUGUUUAUGUCAAUACCUCAUCCAAAGUCGUCAAGGCCCAUACUGAAUACUCUCCAGUGAAUGGUGCCGGCCUCGCCAUGAACACUGUAGAUGCCAUAACCGACCUUGGUGGGCGCUGCGCAAACUUCCUAGACACAGGUGGCAAGGCGACCAGCGAAACUGUCAAACAAUCAUUCCAAAUUAUCCUCGAAGACGAUAGAGUAUCUACCAUCUUCGUAAAUAUCUUCGGAGGCUUGACACAAUGCAACAUGAUUGCCGAGGGCAUCAUUAUGGCAUACAAAGACCUAAGCAUCAAAAAGCCUGUCGUUGUGAGAUUACGAGGUACAAACGAAGCGAUUGGACAAAAACUAGUGGGCAAAUAA